UUUUCACUUUCAAUUAACGACAAUCAAGUCCUUUAAUUCAUAACUACAACAAUGGCCGAAGCCGAUAGAGAUGUCCAAAAAUGUUUUGAAGUUGCUUUGGAAUUAGUUAACCAAGCUGGAAAGAUUAUUUCCGAUCGCAAUGAUAGUCGCAAGUCUUUCGUGUGUAAAGGCGGUGACAUUGACCUUGUUACCGAAACCGAUAAGGAAGUCGAACAAUUAUUGAUAAAUGGUUUAAAGAAUAUAUUUCCAUCACAUCAAUUCAUUGGCGAGGAAGAGAGCGCCGAUGGUGUAACUGCCAAACUCACAGAUGCACCAACUUGGAUCAUAGAUCCGGUUGAUGGCACAAUGAACUUUGUCCAUGGCUUCCCACAUUCUUGUAUUUCAAUUGGCUUGGUUAUUGACAAAGUCACUGAGAUUGGAAUUGUCUAUAAUCCAAUGCUCAAACAAAAGUUUACUGCAAUUAGAGGCAAAGGAGCUUUCUACAAUGACAAACCGAUCAAUGUGAGUGGUGAGAAGGACCCAAAGAAGGCUCUUGUUACUACAGAAUUUGGAACGACUCGUGACCCAGCUAAGUUGAAGGUGGUUAUGGAGAAUUUCGCUAAAAUGGCUGCAUUGGUUCAUGGCCUUCGUACUCUUGGCUCUGCUGCAAUGAAUAUGGUCAUGGUUGCAUUGGGUGCAGCUGAUUGCAACUAUGAAUUUGGAAUUCAUGCCUGGGAUGUCGCCGCUGGAGAUUUAAUUGUUCGAGAAGCUGGUGGAGUAGUCAUUGAUCCGGCUGGUGGGGAAUUCGAUAUGAUGUCGAGACGUGUUUUGGCGGCUUCUAGUAUGGAAUUGGCUCAAGAGAUUUCUAAAAAUCUGACACAGUUUUAUCCACAGCCAAGAGAUGAUUAAAAAUACUUUAUUAAAUAACUAAAUAUUUAUGUCUAUUAAUAAAACCUAAUAAUACCUCAGGGUAUGAUAAUGUUGGAGAUAAAGGAUUUGUUGGAAGUAAAAGAUAUGUGUUGUAAAUAAUUCCAUGUUGCAAGAAUUUGUUAAACAAAGAAACUAAUGAAAUAAUUUAUUACUAUAUUAAAUGUUGAAGCAAAUAGUAAAUAAAAAACCAAAGAAUAUACAGAAAUCU